CAUACUUUUAAGAAACUAGUUACCAAAGACUAAGUAUAAAUUGCAGGACUUAUAUACAUUAUGUAGCUAUUAGUUAUACUUAAUUGUGAGCGUAUUCAUUGUCAUUUUAGAUCCUUCUAUUUGAAACGUUUUGGCAUUCAAGGUGUACUAGACGCCUUGUCAUGAAAGUCUAUCAUGUUGGUCGUCUGUCAUGCCAGUCUGUCUAUUGUGCGUCAUGUUUGUCUGUCAUCCAUCAAAUCAGUCUAACACGUUAGUCGUCCGUCAUGCUAGUCUGUCUGUUGUCCGUCAUGUUUGUCUGUCAUCCAUCAAAUCAGUCUAUCAUGUUGGUCGUAUCACUUGUCUGUCAUGUUUUUCUGUCAUCCAUCAAAUCAGUCUAACACGUUAGUCGUCCGUCAUGCUAGUCUGUCUGUUGUCCGUCAUGUUUGUCUGUCAUCCAUCAAAUCAGUCUAUCACGUUGGUCGUAUCACUUGUCUGUCAUGUUUGUCACCUGUCAUGUCUGUGUGUCGUAUGUCAUGAAAAUCUGUCAUCUGUUAGGUUUUUGUGAAAAUUGCAAUCAAUUUACCACCCACUUAAAAAACCCAUUAUUUUCAAUGAGUCUAAAUAGCUAUUGAACCCGUUAUUAAUAACAUCGAUUAAGUAUUUUUAGCCAAGGGUGUGGUUUCAUGAAAUUUUACAAUAACAAUCGAAAUAAAUGAACAAUUUCCUUCCGCGUCUACCACCAAGUGUAUAUCAAAUGAGUAACAUUUUCAAUUGGCCAAUACAAGCACGCAUGUGCAUGCAUCGUUAUGACGUGCCAGGAUUUUUACAAAUCACCAUUUGUCUGAACAAACUGAUAUGACGUCUUUGCAUAUACUAUAGUUGCAUAUUCAACAGACGAACAUAUGGACCUAGAAACAGCAGAAUUAUCUGCAUAAGUACGAGUUACAUUAAAUUUCGUGUUAGCCCAUGAACUUCUGCAUCUGUUACUAAUACUAUCUGCAUUCAUUUUCUUGCUUCCUGGUUUAAGUGCUAGAUUUAACAAUGUCGGAAAGUAGAUCAAACAUUGGAUUCAACUUUUCUAACCAGCCAUCUAAUGUUUUUGAUGAAGAAAAAUGGCAAUACUUGUAUUGGUUACAAGGGAAGAACGAUCUUAUAAACAUUCCGGCCUUCACAUUUCUGGCAUUGGUGUGUGUUUGUGGACUGAUAGGGAAUUCGUUAAUUCUGAUUGUUUAUUCUCGGAAAAAGAACAAAACACCGACUGUAAUUUUGAUACAGUUUAUAGCAGUCAUGGACACGAUUACAAACCUGUUUAUUGUUCCAGGAACCAUUUACACGAUCGGGCACACUUGGACGUACACAAACGUCUUGGUGUGUAAAGCCUAUUACUUUUUCAACAGUUUUAUAUCAUGGACGUCAGCUAUUCUGUUGGUGGUAGUUGCUAUCAUCAGGUAUAGGAAGAUCUGUAAACCAUUUGGAAGACAACUUAACAACAGGGAAACAAAGAUAAUUUGUGCCUGUGUUGUUGGUCUAUCUCUCGUGUUCAGUCUCCCAUUCGCAAUCUUCUACGGUCAGAUAACGGUCGACACUGGACACAAGGGGAUACAAGGAUACAACUGUGCAGUGGCCGACCAAUCCAUCUGGCCAACAGUUUGCCAUGGGCUGUAUAUUCUUGUCUUCAUGGCUUGCUGCGUCACACUGACAACGUUGUAUUGCUUCAUUGGAUCGGAAGCCAGACGACGCAAAGUAUCGCACUCAAGGGUAUCGAUACCACCCAGUAGACGGCCAAAACUGAUGGAAAAAUUAAGAAAAUCAGUUAAAACACCACCGCCUGAUAAUGAACGAAGCGAUGAUGUGUUAAAAAGAAAUGACUUAAGUCAAGUUCAGGUUGAUUUCAGCCCAGAGAACAGCAAUGAACCGGACACAGAAUCCAGCGACAUAGACGCACCAACCCCACGUCCAACAGCUGACCGUGCAGUAGUUUCUAAAGUGACCUCUACUGAUAUAUGUACAGUGUCCAACACAACCAAUCAAACGUCGACAAAUCCAUCACAAGCUCACAACAAGACAGCUAAAACAGGAGAGAAGACAAGUGGAAAAACCACCCGGAUGUUGCUAGCAACCAGCGUCAUCUACGUCAUCAGCUACCUCGCGACAUUGACGAUGAUCCUGUUGAAUGUUGUCUUAAAACUCAACGGCCGUCUUGGUUUGCUGCAAGCUUCCAUUUUAAACGUGGUUAUAGUCUUGUACCUAAUCAACAGUGCAGCUAAUCCCGUUAUCUACAGCGUUUGUAAUCAAAUCUUCAGAAGGGAUUGUUUCUCUUUGUUUCAGCGGUUAGUUUAUAGAGGAUCCUAAGCAUGGUUGAGUUUGUUUAAAUUUUUAUCAGAUACAAUAUGUAUUUUACCUAGUGCUGCAUGUUUAAUCUAUCUGAAUAUUUAUUUUACUUGUUUCAUUACGUUUAAUACUUAAUCUGAUUGAAUAUUUAUUUUACUUGCUUUAUAACGUUUAAACUUUAAUCAAUCUGAAUAUAUUUAUUUUACUUGAUCUUUAUGUUUAAAAUUUAUAAAAAGUAAAAGAUUAACAUUUUUCAUGUUUUGUUUAAGUUAGUUUCCUAAACGUUUGACUAGUCAAAUAAAUUGUUUUUUGCUUUGUAAAUAAAACAUUGAAUGACGUUACUUAAUUUUUAAUUUUUCUGUAUUACCAUGUAUUCAAUUAUAUGUUAACAAUACAAUUCUCAAUACCCACACAUACUUUAUAUUUACAUAUAUU